AACUUUUGCUAAUCGAGAAAUACAACGCCCCUGGCAGAACGACAGCAUGGUUCAGGAGAUAACCGAAAAAACUAUCAAGACAGGAGGUGAUGAUCUCGAUGACGGCCUUGAACUCGAUCCCGACCUCCUCGCAUCUUCAGAUAUCGAAGAUGCUGCAUCCGACGUUGCAUCGGAAUUUGACGGAGGGGAACAGCGGGACCAGGCGUCAGAGGAUGAGAGCCCAUUAGUACUUGAGGGGGAGGAGACGGAGAUUGCUAUGAGCCCUGUGCCGGAAAUGAAGAAGAGAAAAGCCGAGGAUGUGGAGAAUGAAGGAGAGCAGGACGAAGAGGCGGCGAAGGCUGAGAAGAAGCGAAGAAAGAAGGAGAAAGAAAAGGAGCGAAGAGCCAAGAGAAGACAAGGUGCUGAACUUGUACCAUCAACGACCGCCCCAACUCAUCUCGCUACCACCGAUCUGUCCUCCGUCCUCCUCCGCUCUAUUCGAGAAUCAUUCCCCUCAUCCUCUGCUAUCGAGAUUGAAGAGGUCCUUAUUCCCCCUGCCAACCUGCUGGAACCACCAACAUAUCCGGCACCCAAGGCCGACCCAAGCAAUGCGUUCAAACCUCUUCAGCAGAGGAUUUCUGAAUUGACGAAGGGUAAGAAGGAGCCCAAGGGAAAUGGAGCGCCCGCUGUUAUUGUCCUUGGGAUAAGUGGGCUGAGAUGUGCGGAUAUCGUUAGAGGAGUUAGAGGUGUUAAGGGGAAGGGUGAAGUAGCCAAGCUCUUUGCCAAACACUUUAAACUCGCAGACCAGAUCAAAUAUCUCGAACGGACAAAGGUGUCUAUCGCAGUUGGUACUCCUGCUCGAGUAGGCAAGCUUCUUGCUGAAGGCGCUAUCAAGAUCUCGAAAGAUACCGUCCUCUUGCUCGACAUUGGACAUCAAGAUAGCAAGACAAGAACACUUCUCACUCUUCCUGAAGUAAGAGAUGAACUUUGGAAAUCAGUUUUCAGCGGAGCGGCAAGAAAGGCGUUGCUCGACAAUGGAGUCAAGGUUGGAGCAUUCUAGAUAAUAUCAAAUUGCGCUAUUGUGGAUGUACGUUACUUUG